AUGAAGAACAAGGGAGCCAAGCAGAAACUCAAGAGGAAGGGAGCUGCGAGCGCGUUCGGCUGUGACCUGACGGAGCAUCUGGAGAGCUCUGGGCAGGAUGUCCCCUACGUGCUGAAGAGCUGUGCGGAGUUCAUCGAGACUCAUGGCAUUGUGGAUGGGAUCUACCGCCUCUCAGGAGUGACAUCCAACAUACAAAAGCUGAGACAAGAGUUUGUUUCUGACCAAUGCCCGGAUCUGACAAGGGAAGUUUACCUCCAGGACAUCCACUGCGUGGGGUCACUCUGCAAGCUGUACUUCAGGGAACUGCCCAACCCUCUCCUCACUUAUGAGCUCUACAAGAAAUUUACGGAAGCAGUAUCGCGCUUCCCCGAGGACGAGCAGUUGGCACGAAUUCAAAAUGUCAUCCAGGAGCUCCCACCAUCGCAUUACAGAACGCUGGAAUACCUGAUCAAGCACCUGACUCACCUGGCCUCCUUCAGCAACAUGACCAACAUGCACACCAGAAACCUGGCCUUGGUGUGGGCUCCCAAUCUCCUCAGGUCAAAGGAGAUUGAGGCAGUUGGCUGCAAUGGGGAUGCAGCUUUCCUGGAGGUGCGAGUGCAGCAGCUGGUGAUCGAGUUCAUCCUGAAUCAUGUGGAUCAGAUCUUCAACAACAACAGAAAAGCCAGCUGUGCAGAAAGCAUUGAGAGCCCAUCAGUUGUGAAAAGUCUGACCCUCCCCUCAGCCUCCCUGCCGAUGAAACUGGUGAGCUUGGAAGAAGCACAGGCACGGAGUCUGUCAGCCUCGCACCCUGCUCGGAAGGAAAGAAGAGAGAACAGCUUGCCUGAAAUUGUUCCUGUGACUGGGUCCCUCUUCCACACAGUUGUUGAUCUCCCUGACAGCAAGAGAAAAUUAUCUACCAAGUCCAAGAAGUGGAAGUCGAUAUUUAACUUGGGCCGUUCUGGCUCAGAAUCAAAGUCUAAACUGAGUCGAAAUGGGAGUGUCUUUGUAAGGGCACAGAAGCUCUCUG